UGAGAGACCCACUUCUUCUUCUUCGAAGAACUUGUCCAAAAAAAAAAAGCCGGUUCGAAGUGGAACCGUAUCCGCCACACUGCAUCUAGGGUUUGGCUGAGUUUCGCCGUCCUGUUCCGGCCCGCCGCCGCCGGUUGAAGUGAUUGCUUGGCCUGAUCCCGGGAGGAAGGUAUCGUCUCUUUGUCGUCCAUGGGGAUGUUGGUGCUGAACCGGCUCAUGUCCUUGCAGCGUGACCGGCAGCGGCGCCGGCAAAUCCGAGCCCGGUGUGGGUUUACUACCACAACGGGUAAAAGGAAGGGAUCACCUUGUCAACAAGAUGACGAUGGUGAUUCUAAUAAACCUCUCAAAAUAACUAGAAGUUCAAUCGAAGACCUUUCUGAGGAUAUAUUGUGUCACAUACAUUCCCUGUUGCCAAUGCGUGAAGCUGCUAGUGCUGCUUGUGUAGCUCCUGCCUUUUUACGUUCCUGGAGAUGUUAUCCAAAUCUCAUCUUCAAUAUGGAUACGAUUGGCUUGAAGAAAAAUGGGCGUGGAGAGAAUUUUCACCACAAAAUUGACCGCAUUCUUAGGAACCACUCAGGCAUUAGCUUGAAAACGUUCAAUCUUGACUACACUGGCAUGACGGGAUUCAAUGGCACUAGUUAUUUUGAUAGUUGGCUUCAGAUUGCUCUUAAGCCAGGGAUUGAAGAACUCACCCUCUUGUUGUUUAGAUCACAAAAACAAUACAAUUUUCCAUGCUCACUAUUAUCCGAUGGGGUUCGAAACUCACUUCAGUGCCUUAAACUUCGUUUUGCUGCCCUUCAUCCCACAGUUGAACUUGGCCCCUUGGGAAGCCUAACAAGGCUGCAUCUGUCGUAUGUGAACAUUACAUGGGAUGAGUUAAAGUGCCUUCUUUGCAACUCUCUUGCUUUGGAACAACUAGAGCUGGAACGCUGUGAGGAGAUUAUUUGCCUAAAGAUACCUUGUGCCCUGCAGCGGCUCAGCUGCCUUAGUGUUGUUGAAUGCAAGAGACUGAAAGUGAUAGAAAGCAAAGCUCCAAAUCUCUCUAGUAUUUCCCUUCGAGGACACAGGUUGAACUUUUCACUUGUGAAAACAUUGCAAGUUAAGAAACUAGUGUACUUUUGUUCAAACUUUGUCCAUGGUGCUCGUGCCAAGCUGCCAACCUUUAUGCCAAAUCUUGAAAGUCUUGUCAUAAUUUCAGAGGUUGAGGUGGUUGAUACACCAAUGCUACCUACCAAAUUCCUCAACCUUAAGCACCUAAGCAUAUGGUUGUUAUCUAGCAACACCUCCCGACUAUAUGACUUCUUGUCUCUGGUUUCUUUCCUUGAUGCGGCUCCUUGCUUGGAGACUUUAGUGUUAUCUGCGCCUCAGUCAGAUAUGAUGCAUGAAUCGGUUUUUGCUGAUUCACAACUGAGAGACAUGCCAGAUCUCUGCCAUGGCAACCUCCAGAGUGUGAAGAUACGUGGUUUCACCUCAGCUAAGUGCUUGGUUGAACUAGCCUGUUAUAUUCUCAAGAGUGCAGUGUCACUUGAGUGUCUAACGUUGGACACCGUUUAUGUCCCUAGGUGUGGUGGCAAGAAUAAAUAUUGUGCUCCGAUUGCUAAUGAUGUUCUUAAGGAAGCCCAUAGAGCCCUCUCGGCUAUCAGGACAUAUAUUGAGAAUAAAGUUCCAUCUACAGUUAAAUUAACUGUUCUGGAGCCUUGCAGCCGGUGCAGUGGCGGUGGAAUAUAGUAUUGUGGUGGAAGAUGGUGGAAUGUACCAUACUACCAUUCUUUGUUUCUUGAUUUUUUUAUGGCUGUGUAUAUGAAUUACGUGAACUUUGGAUGGACCAUGCUUUGUAUAUGAAUUAAUUAUGAAGACUUAUUUAAUC